AUGUUCUGUUCUUCUCUCCGCAAUCGUCCGGAAUGGACACCAGCGAUCACCCUCCUAGCCGGCAGCACGCCUCGGUUCCAAGGUGCUGCAACGCCGACCUCUUCGUCAUGUUGGAGAGACUCACUGACGACAGCAGCAGAGAGCAGGUUGAACACGCAUGAUAUCGCGCUCCCGCUCCCACAACAGCAGGGCCGCUUCUUCCGCCUAGUCCUCCUCUCGCCAAAGGACGUCGGCACGGCAGUUACAGAGCAGCGUCUGGAGCGCCUCUUCAACCUCAACGGAGGCCGCGACGCAGCCGUCAUCUUCCUCCUCGGUCCGCAAGGGCAAGAGGGGAACCCGAUGGUGGUCUUUAUGAACCUGCAGAUCAAUAUCCUCAACAAGCUCGAGCUGCCCCUGAUCCCUUUAUCCUCCAUCUCAGCCCUCCCAUCCACUCUCGCCAAUCUCCGGACCUCCCUCGCCACAACACAGCCCGUUGCCUCCCCGGCCCAAACCACCUUCUUCUCUCUCCUCCAGCACAUGGCCAGCGGCAACGAUCCCCUUUCAGAGCACAUGACCAACCUCCUUAGUGAACUUGGCCGAUCACCCCGUGAGGUGGCCGCUCUUGCCGAGACGGAGCAGGGAAAGGCGCGGAUCAUGGACCUACUGGGUCCAGUGGAAGGGGCGCGAGUCCUUUCGUUCCUGAUGCAGGAGAAGCUGGCAUUUGUUUGA